CUGAAUCUUAAAAUGCUUCACGUCCACCCUUUCUUCGUUGUAUUUUCUUUUCCCUCUUCAGACCUCCUAGCAAUUAUCCAAUUCUCCUUCAAUCAUUUUUUGAAUUCCACUUCACAAUGGCUUCACCACAAGCAGCUGAUCAACCACUUAUUAAGCUUUAUUGGCUGGAACAAUCACGGUCUCAACGCGUCCUCUGGCUCCUCGAAGAAUUGAAAGUCCCCUACGAACUGGAGAUCUUCCACCGCGACAAGAAAACCCACUUUGCACCCCCAGAACUCAAGAAAGUCCAUGCUCUCGGCAAAUCACCUGUAAUUUCUGUCACAGUUCCUGGCUCUUCCGAACCAGUUGUCAUUGCAGAGAGUGCAUUCAUCAUUGAAUAUCUUUUGGACCACUUCUCGAAUGGGAGUACUCUGUUACCAAAGCGUUGGAAAGAAGGGAAAGAGAAUAAAGUGGGAGGCGAGACGGAGGAGUGGUUGAGGUUUAGAUAUUUCAUGCAUUAUGCUGAGGGAAGUUUGAUGGCAUAUAUGAUGAUAGCCCUCGUCGCGCUUUCAAUCAAAGGAGCCCCAGUACCUUUCUUCAUCCGCCCAAUCACGAACGGUGUUUCAGGCAAGAUCCAUUCCGGUUUCCUCGAUCCAAACUUCGCUACACAGUUCACUUUCCUAGAGGGACAACUUAAAACCUCUGGAGGAAGUUAUCUUUGUGGGCCGAACCUUACGGGUGCGGAUAUCUUGUUGAGUUUUCCGUUGAUUGCUGGCGGUUCCAGAGCGGGUUUGACAAAAGAGAAAUACCCCACGCUUCAUGCCUAUGUUGAGAGGUUGGAGAAUGAGCCUGGUUAUAAAAAGGCUGCGGACAAGAUUAUUGAGAUUGAAGGGAAGUUUGAGGCGACUCUUUAAGUCCUCCGUGAGAGUAACCGGGGUUGGGAGAGAUGGUACGACCCCACUCCUCAUUUUAGGUGACGUCGGCGGGGGGGGGUAUAUACAGAGCAAGUUUCUCAUUCAAGUUUGAUUGCGACGUUUAGAGUAAUAAUUCUGGGCGUUGAGCUAUCAUUUCUUCACCUAGUCUACGUUCAACCAUUCACUCCGGAG